AUGUCAUUCACCCGCUCAGUCCGUAUCCCUCUCCGUUCACUCCCACGCACCAUCUACAGGACAUCCCCCCUUCUAUCCCUCGCACGCCCACUUUCUCUCCCCCAACAGCAGCAGCAUCGCCUCCCCAUCGUCCCCCUCGCUCGCUCCUACUCCGCCGCUGGGUUAUCCAAAGACGAGAUCACAGCCCGCGUGCUAGAAGUACUCAAGUCCUUCGAAAAAGUCGAUUCUUCCAAGCUCGCAACAAACAGCACCUUCACAACCGACCUUGGACUGGACAGCCUUGAUGCUGUAGAGGUCGUCAUGGCCGUCGAGGAGGAGUUUAGCAUUGAGAUCCCUGAUGCAGAGGCUGAUGCGAUCACUACUGUUCAAGAGGCCAUCGACUACAUCGCCAAAACCCCCGAAGGUGCGCCCUCCCUCCCUUCCCCAACAUACAAUACUGACACUUUUUUUCUUUCUUUAGCUAUCUGA